UCAGUCGACGUCGCAGACAUGGAGGAAGUGAGAGUGUUUCCCCUGACCUGUGCUGUGCAAAAUUAUGCAUGGGGCAAGGUUGGACUGGACAGCGAGGUGGCCAAGCUGGUGAUUGGCGGAGAUGCACUUGCUGUUGUAGAGGCUGAUAAACCUUAUGCAGAGCUGUGGAUGGGCGCUCACCCAAAAGGUGACGCCCAGAUUAAGGACAACAGGAUCGCACAGACCACCCUGGGCCAGUGGAUCGCCCACUUCCCUGCCUGCCUGGGCUCAAAGGUGAAAGACACCUUCCAGGGUCAGCUGCCUUUCCUCUUCAAAGUUCUCUCGGUCAACACGGCUCUGUCAAUACAGGCCCACCCCAACAAGGAAUUAGCCACUCGACUACACACUCAGUUUCCGGAGCACUACCCAGACACCAACCACAAGCCUGAGAUGGCCAUUGCUCUCACCCGCUUCGAAGGCCUCUGUGGUUUCAGACCAGUGGAAGAGAUCCUGGAAUUUCUUGAAAAGGUCCCAGAGUUCCACACUCUGGUGGGUCACGGGGCAGCACAGGAGCUGCGGGCUAGCGUGGGAGAUGCAGACCGUACGAGCCAGGCGCUGAAGAGGUGCUUCACCAGGAUGAUGGACUGGGAGAAGAAGGUGGUGGUAGAGAACCUCAACGAACUGGUGAAAAGGGUCACGGAAGACGCUGCAGCUGGAAAGGACACGUCAGGCAUCAAUGGUGACCUGUUACUCCGUCUCCACUCUCAGUACCCUGGAGACAUUGGCUGCUUCUCAAUCUACUUCCUCAAUCAUGUGGUCCUGAAUCCAGGCCAGGCCAUGUUCCUGGGAGCCAAUGAGCCUCACGCUUACCUUUAUGGAGACUGUAUUGAGUGCAUGGCCUGCUCAGACAACACUGUGAGGGCCGGACUGACACCCAAAUACAUCGAUGUUAACACGCUCUGUGAGAUGCUGAACUACAGCCCCGCCCCUGCCUCCUCGAAAAUCUUCCCGUGUCUUCAGGACCCCUCUGACCCCUGUGUGUCCAUAUACAACCCGCCCGUGCCAGACUUCACUGUCAUGAGGAUACAGAUCCCAGCCUCAGUGAAGCAGUACAAUAUUGCUCCAGUCGACAGCGCCAGCAUCCUCCUGGCUAUUGAAGGUGAAGCCACGGGAACGUCGCCUGCCGCUCUCUCCGACCUCACACUGACGCGGGGCAGCGUCCUGUUUGUCUCAGCCAACGAGAGCGUCUCUCUACACAUCACCUCGCAGUCGGGGAUGACCCUUUUUCGAGCCUGCUGCCUUCUGUAGUUGUGGGUCUGUGGUCGUUAAAGCUCAUACUACCCGUUUGUUUGUAUUUGUGAUUUGAAGUGUCGAGGUUUGUCCUUGUGUUUUAACUGAGCUUGAUGACUCGUGCACUUUUUACUAGGUAGUAUAGAAGCUAAAGGAGCCUUUAGACCCAGUUUAUUGACGCUCAUCGGUACCUGCUGCUCCCCUUUAACCCCUAAAAUGUAACAUGUGGCCCUCUCCGCCACCUCCAGCACUCUUCUCUAGCUUUAAACUCCAGUUUUAAUCCAAUGCUGAAGGAUUUAAUUGGUUCUUACCCUUUUCGUGUGUGCAAGUACAACUCAUAAAAACACAAAAGAUUAGCACAUCCAAAAUUCUUUAUAGGUGCUGGAUAGAGGGCAGAAUAAAAAGUAAAAUAUGUCUGUUUAGUUGCUGUUUUGGUGUUUAAGGUCCUUAUUUUGCUCAAAAAUAGAAAUCUGAACAUCUGCCGCCCCAGGACAAGUGAAGAACAUCCAACAUGAUUAAAAGUUUUCAAUUAGCUGAAGGCUGAAUGUAAAAAAUGUUGGUGAUAACUGAAAAAAACAUCAAGUACAGUUUAUUUGUCAAUUUUUUUCCUGCAUGUUAUUUUAUACCCUGAAUGAUGAAGGUGACACACACUAGCUGUAAUGAACCAAACAGCAAUGGAGCAUUGUGGGGGUGAUGUUUACUCUUGUACACUUCACCACCACUCAGUGCUUUGAACAGCCAGACAACUAACCUGUUGAGGACAAAGCACAUCUGUUUUAUAUGCCAGCUGCUGCGUUCCCCCAGGAUCAGUGUUGUUAUUUUAACAUUAGCUCAAACUGGAGAAUAUCCACCUUUCAAACUUAAUUUUAGGCAAAAAAAAAGGAAACGAAAAACAGUAAAAAGUACAUAGUGUGAUACUGAGAUGCCUGUGCAUGUUUUAGAGCAGUAGCACUCUCCAGAGCACCUUCUGUGAUUACUAUAUCAGUGCUACAAACCAAUCACAGUGAAGCUAAGCCUGCUGAGUGUUACUGUUUCUGUUACCAGCGCAUGUUUUACAGUCUGGAAACAUCCCAUCAAAGUGGUGAAAACUCAUGAGUAUUGAAAAUGAAUGAAUAAAAAUAAAUAAGAAGCGGGCAUGAAGAGCCAUUUCCAUCUCUGUCCCAUGAAGCAUGACGAUGUGGCAACCAUGUAGGGGUGUAACAAUUCUGAGACCAAAACCAAAACCAUGAUACAAACGUCCACCAUGCUGUGUCAGGUACAGGUAGGUACUCUGGGAUUCACGUAGAGCAGUUAAAGCAUGCUAACUUUAUGAAAGAUGUAAUAAAGAUUGUUCAAGUAA